AUGGUCAGCCGACAAGGACAAAAGUUUAAGGCUGAACCUCAACUGCCUAAGGAUUCAGCCUUAAGGGGUUUAUCCUCAAGUGCUUGGGGUUUAUCCUCAAGUGACUUAGGGUUUAUCCUCAAGUGCUUGGAGGAUUUUGAAAUCUUUAUUCAAAAUACACUUCAAAAUGCUAACAGAAUGCUUAACUCUGAUGAUGUAAAUUCAAUUGAAUUACAUAUAGAAAGGCUUGAUCUUUUAUUAGCCAUGUUUACACAACUUAUUAUUAAUUUUCCCAAUGAUAAUAUUCUGGGAUUUUUACCAGAAAUUAUAAACCUAAAAAGACAACUAGAAACCAAAAUAGAAACUUUAAAUUCAGAAAAUAAUAACCCAAUAAAUAAGUUUAUUUCAUAUAGAUGUACUAGUGGUAGACCUACAAUAUUAGUUAGUGAAAAUGCAAUCAGAAUUUUGAGAAAAGAAGGGUUUAGUUGGGAAAAAAUUGCUACAAUCUUUGGAAUAUCUAGUAAAACAAUUCAAAGACGUAGAAGAGAAUUAAACAUUCCUGAUGAUAUAGGUGAAUAUACACAAUUAACUAAUGAACAAAUUGAUGGUGUGGUUAGAAUUAUUAGACAAGAGCAACCAUUCUCUGGACAAAAUAUUAUUAUGGGAACACUAAGAUCAUUAGGAAUAAAAAUUCAUCGUCAGAGACUCAGAGAUUCAUUAUAUCAUAUUGAUUCAUUUAGGAUCAUUAAUCGUUGGGCAUAUAUUAUUCCUAGACGUGUAUAUCAUGUUGCUGGUCCUAAUUCAUUAUGGCACAUUGAUGGAAAUCAUAAAUUAAUCAAAUGGAAAUUUGUUAUACAUGGAGGAAUUGAUGGAUUUACACAAAUGAUAACAUUUUUACAUUGUAGUAGUAAUAACCGUUCUAAAACAGGUUCGUGCAGACAAAGGUGGUGA